AAAAAUAAUGCAAAAAUAUUUAGGUGCUAUCUACUACUAAUUCAGAUACUUGAUGGGCCGUGCUUUCAAAGAGACUGGGUUGUGUAAGUGAGCAUAUGUGUAAACUGUAUAGAUUUUGAUCAGUACGGGUCUCGUUUGUCCAAUGACAUUGCUUGGUUAGAGCCAUUAUCAAGACACAGGAAGAUUAUGCCCCUAUUUGGGUUCUACAAACCCAGAAUAAGUGAAUCAGCCAGCAUUCAGGAUAAUGCAAGUUUAAUUGGGCAAGUAAACCUCGGAGAGAAUGUGCAAAUUGGAUAUGGAGCAAUCCUAAGAGCAGAUGAUCAAGCCAUCAGAAUUGGUUCAAACAGUGUGGUAGGUGACAACACCUCAAUCCAAUGCUCCAGAACUCGACUUCCAACAAAUGUUUUGGCAAGUGUGACCAUUGGUAUGUCUUAUUAAGUUGAAUCUCUUAGGAUAAAAUGUUACCAUCGGAGAUAGUUGCAUUAUCAACAAUUCAAUAAUUGAUGACAACGUUACCAUUGGAUCCAGAACACUCAUACUUGACGGUGCUCAAAUCGAAAGAGGCUCUCAAAUUGCUGAAGAUAGUGUUGUGCCUCCAGGAAGAUUGAUUCCUUCAGGACAAUUAUGGGCAGGCAAUCCAGUAUAAUUUGUUAGAAACUUGAAUGAAAAGUAGAUCAAUUGAAAUCAUAAUAUAAUAAAUAUAA